UUGAUCAACAAAAUGUAAUAAUGAAAUCGUUCUAUUCUUUGGCAAAACAAUUACCAUUUUCCAUUUUCGUUCCAAAAGAUAUUUGCAAAAUUAUGCCGUUGCACAAAUUAUAGUGAAUAUAAUCAAUAACUGAACGAAAAUCAAUUAGGAAAUAAGUCUGGAAAGAUGCCAAGGGACAUUAGCGCCAAAUCACUUACUAAAAAGGAGUUGCCGAAGAAGACUCCAUCACCAACAGGUUUAGUAACUAACAAAACCACAUUGAAAGCUAAUAAAACCAUUAGUAAGAGAAAAACAUCAAGGAAAGACAUUGAUGGCGCGAGUACUACUCAUCACGGCAAUACUGGAAGUAAUAAAAACGUCAUUCGAAAACUUCAGAUUGCAACACCAAAUUUAAAAGAUAUUGGAUAUAAAAUAGAAAAUAUACAGAGUCGUCUGCAUCAAGCAGGGGAAGAGAUGUUGGAAAUAAGAAAAGUUCAGCAAUUCGCAAUAAACGAAGUAAGAUUUUACAACAACAGACUUAAACGUCUUGCGUCCUAUGAAAAAGAGAAACACCGAAACAUCGUAGAAGAUAAUGGAAUUGUAGUACAAUCUAAUACCAAUUGCUCUGAACUCCCAGCAUCAUCAAACAAAUUACUUGAAAAUGUGAUUAAGUCAUCCAAAUCCAACUCCUCAACUAAAAUUUAAGAGAAAGCAUAGUGAAAAAGUUGUAUCGUAAGUGAACUCAGACAAUACAUGGGUUGUGUGAGUAUUGUGAUUACCUCAGUCUGUUUCUAUAACACUACAGAAAUUAUCCAUAUGUUUGUCUGUUGAGAGGAAUUCGAGGUUUAGCCAUGGAUAGACAGCUACAUUUCGAUGGUUGAUGGUUAGAUUCUGAUGAUUAUACUGAUUAUGUCAGUAGCUUCAGUAUUCGACACACUUUUUUCCGAGAUUCAGAUUUUUACAAGACGUUUUAAACCUCUCUGAAUAUCAAGAAAAUUAUCACCUGGGUCUAGAUUAAGUGAGUUACGUUCAUAGUCUAAUAGUACGAAAGAAACUUCAAUUAACUGUCAGUUGAAAAAUAUCAAAUAUUUCUUUACCAACCGCUUCAUUUGAAAGAGUAAAUCAUUUGGCUUUAUCUAGACAAACAUUUAAUUUAUUGUUCAUUCGAUCCAAUUCAUGAUAUAGUUUUUGGGUAAAUUUUUCUAAAAUAUCCGGAACUACUAAAAUAAAUAACAAUAAUACUUUUAUUUGAAAAUAACAAAUUUGCGUAUGGGAAACAUUUAUUUUCAGGAACAGUGUAAUAAGCGAUUUAAAAAGUACCUUCUAUAUAUCAGAAAAAGAUAUAUUCGCUGACCAAACGAUAAGAGUGUUCUGAAUCACAAACUUUACAUGGUUUUUUAGUGUAAAUUUAAAUCUGUUCAACAAAAUCUGUAAUUCAGUUUAUUUUAUUUUCUAAUAAAACUGUAGCAAAAUUAUGAUGUUAGACAAAUUUUGAUAAAACGAUAAAUAAAUCGAACCUAAGUACA